AUGGCAUCCUCAUCCUCGAAAGAUACUGCAUCGUGGCGAAAAAAGAACCUGAAUCAAAACCAGAAAGACCAGAUCCAUUUUGUUAAUGCGCGACCGUCGUCUGAGACGGAGAAGUUGAAGAUUCAGCGCAUGGUGCGCGCUCAUGUUGGGAAGUGGAUUUCGGAUCAGACGAGGGAUCGGUCUGCUGAGGGGUCGUCAGUGCCCGAGUUAGAGAUUGAAUCGGGGAAUAUAAUACAGGAAACUGGACGUGAGGAGGGGCCGCAUGAUGAGACUCCGGGAGCUUCCAGGGUGGCGUUUUUGGAUGGAUAUGAGGGCUUGUCGCGGUCUUCUUCGUCGCCGGAUGUUGUCGAGUCGUCGUCGCAUUCAUCGUCGGAAUCUAAUGCGCCGGUUGUUGUCCCUGGUAGCAGUUCUGAGCAGCGCUUAGUCCAUCGUCCUGUUGUGAAACCUCGGUCCCAUACGCCGCACCGCACCCCUACGCCUCAACAAAUGAUGGGUACCAGCAUUCACGAUAACCCUCAUACCUAUAAUCAUAACCAGGAAGUUGCUCGAUCGCGGCUUCCAACACCGUCUAUUGACCGUGUCGGCGUUAGCGUCUGGGAUCCAUUUCACACCUAUCCUUCUCGUUAUUCACCGGAAUUCAUCCGCCUACAUGAAGGCUACAGCUUGUCAGUCGUCUGGCCAUUUUUAACUCCCGAUUCUCCCAAUGGAUUAGGGAUCAUUGGCAAUUCGACAUGGUUCCCGCUUUCCUUGACGGAUGCCACACUAUUCACGGCCUUUUUAUUCAGCUCAUUAUCUCACCAAUGCGCUAGGUGGCGCAAUCGUUCAAUUCCAGAUGGCGCAUUUAAGCCUCAGGACCUGCGGACUCUGCAAAUGGUUGAGAUCGAAACCAUCAAAUUGAUCAACGAAGCGGUUCAGGAUCCCGCCCGGGCUGCGAGCGACGCCGUCCUUCUGAGCGUACUAUGCAUGGCGCACAAUACGUCGAAUGACAGUUCUCAGCAACGUGCCGAUUGUACACCAUUCACGGCACCUUUGCAGCGUCUGCAAUGGCUAGACGUCUAUGGGAGUUUGCCUCCGAAUCUUGUUCAUGUCCAGGGCUUGAUUCAGAUGGUUAUGCUUCGGGGUGGGAUUGAAAAGAUCGAGCUUCCUGGUCUUGCCUCGAUACUUUCUUUCUCCGACAUACUCACCGCAAGUUCGUACCUCUCACGACCGGUCUUCGCCUGGAUGCCCCUCGAAAAGCACCGCAGAGGCCACACACUACAAACCCUACUCAACUUCACUCCACUCGAUGUCGAUCAUGGCUUUGGCCGAUUCCGUGACCUCGGCUUCACCGCGGAAAUGGCAGAAACCUUCCAAGCAGCCCGCGUCUACACCAACAUAAUCCAAGACUACCUCAAAGGAAAAAUGGUCAAACCCGAUCUCACAAUGCUUGUCGACCAACGCAACCUAGUCCACUACACCAUCCUCUCCCUCCCCUCUGCCACCGAACUCCAACAACGCCACACUUACCGAACACAUGAAAUUAUAUACGAAACCUGCCGCCUAGCAGCACUCAUCUACGGCGUCGGCGUCGUCUUCCCCAUCCCUUCAGGAAGCACACCACUCCCCGACCUUGCCCGCCUUAUCCAAACAAUCCUUCAAUGCCCCACCUCCUCAUCUAUAUGGGACUACACCGACGCCAGCACAGCACUAACAUGGGUCCUCGCGCUGGGCGGCAUCGCCGCAGAAAACCUCCCCGAACGAACAUGGUUCGUCUCCGCACUGGGCCACACAGCGCGACAGAAUCGGAUAUCCUGCUGGAAUGACUUCCACAAUGCAGUGGGGACACUACUCUGGUGUGACGCUGCCUGUGAACAGCCGGGGCAGAGGCUGUGGUUGGAAGUGGCGCGGUCAUUUCAGUUGAGUUGUUGA